AUGCCCGCGUGGCUAGACAUCGCACGGGCUCCUCUCGGUCCGCAGGAGGCGCGCGCCCUAGCACGUCUCCUGACCUCGCUCAACACCAAGUCCGUGGCGCUGCCGCACGGUUCCGGAGAGCGCUCCGCCAAGGUGACGAGCCUGUCGAAGGCCCUGUCGAAGCACGCGCCUUACGUGCUCGCCGCGCACGUCCGCACACUGGUGCACCCUUCAACGCACGUCAGCAUGACGGUGCGCCAGGAGCUGCGCGCCGGCCUGUAUGCGCUCUGCGACGUGACGGGCACGCACGAGCGCGACGCGCUCAUGCUGGCGCACCUCGACUCGGGUGAGCGUGCCGUGCUCAAGUCGCUCUGGGCCGAGUGGGAGGCGCAGCGCUACCGCGGCGCGUGA